AUGUCAACCCUAAUUGAAAUUUCCUCCGAGGCAGAAUUCGACUCCCACAUCAAGUCCCUGCCUUCAACAACCUUAUCGAUCCUCUACUUCCAUGCCCCCUGGGCCGCGCCCUGCGCGCAAAUGCGCACCGUGCUCGCCGCCCUCGCAUCCCAGUACCCCGCCACACAGCCCCCAACAACCUCCUUCAUUAGCAUCAACGCCGAAGAACUCCCCGACAUUUCUGAAACUUACGAGGUCACCGCCGUGCCCUUCGUAGUCCUCACUCGCGACGGCAAAAUCCUUGAAUCCAUCUCCGGCAGCGACGCCGUCCGCGUCCGUGAAGCCAUCGAACGCCACGCCGGCUCGAAAGCCUCGACCGGCGCACCUGCCACGAUCCCCCCGCCCUUGGCCGCUGUGCCCCGCGAGACGGGCCCCACGACGGCUACGCAGCCGCCGGCCGGAGCCGCGAACGGGGAUGCGCUGACGCCGGAGCAGUCGAAGGAGGCGCUGUUUGCGCGACUCAGAGAGCUGGUCAAGGCGGCGCCGGUGAUGCUGUUUAUGAAGGGGACGCCGAGUGCGCCGCAGUGUGGGUUCAGUCGGCAGCUCGUGGCAAUUCUGCGGGAGAGGAGCGUCAAGUAUGGGUUCUUUAAUAUCUUGGCCGAUGAGGAUGUGAGGCAGGGAUUGAAGGAGUUUGCGGAUUGGCCGACGUUCCCGCAGUUGUGGGUUGGUGGGGAGUUGGUUGGGGGGUUGGAUAUUGUAAGUCUUUAUUUCCUCUUUUUUUUCUUCCUCUGUUUGGUUUCCUUACCGUGGUUGAAUGGACUUGUGCUAAUUGGUGAACAGGUCAAGGACGAGAUUGAAAAUGAUCCGGAUUUCUUGCGUGAGCACUCUGUCAACAAGGCUCCCGUUGCGGCUUGA